CCACCCUAAAGAUGGCCCCGCUGGUCCCCUUGGUGUCUGGUCCCCGCACCCGGCUUUUUGCCUGCCUUCUUAGGCUGGGCACCCCACCAGCUGGCUCACUUCAGCUGCACAUAGGAGCUCAGUGUCCAGAGAAGAGCUACUAUGAGGUGCUGGUGCUGGGAGGGGGCAGUGGUGGCAUCACCAUGGCUGCCCGGAUGAAGAGGAAAGUAGGUGCAGAGAACGUGGCCAUUGUUGAGCCCAGCGAGAGACAUUACUAUCAGCCAAUCUGGACCCUGGUGGGUGCUGGUGCCAAACAGUUGUCCUCAUCUAGUCGUCCUAUGGCAAGUGUGAUCCCAUCUGGAGUAGAAUGGAUCAGAUCAAGAGUGGUUGGACUUAACCCAGACAAGAACAGCAUCCUCACAGAUAAUGGCAUGGAGAUUUCCUACAAAUACCUUAUUAUUGCUCUUGGAAUCCAGUUGCACUAUGAGAAGAUUAAAGGCCUACCAGAAGGUUUUGAUCAUCCCAAAAUAGGGUCCAAUUAUUCAGUUACAACAGUAGAGAAAACAUGGCAAGCUCUUCAGGACUUCAAGGAGGGCAAUGCCAUCUUCACCUUCCCAAACACCCCGGUGAAGUGUGCGGGAGCCCCACAGAAGAUCAUGUAUUUGUCCGAAGCCUAUUUCAGGAAGACAGGGAAGCGAUCCAAGGCCAACAUAAUUUUCAACACUUCUCUUGGAGCAAUUUUUGGGGUGAAGAAGUAUGCAGAUGCCCUUCUGGAGAUCAUUAAGGAGAGAGACCUCACCGUUAACUACAAACAAAACCUCAUUGAAGUCCGAGCUGACAAACAAGAGGCUGUUUUUGAGAACCUGGACAAACCUGGGGAGACGCAAGUGAUUUCAUAUGAAAUGCUCCAUGUCACACCCCCCAUGGGCCCACCAGAUGUCAUCAAGACGAGUCCUGUGGCCGAUGCUGCUGGCUGGGUGGAUGUGGAUAAAGAAACUCUGCAGCACAAGCGCUAUCCUAACGUGUUUGGGAUUGGGGAUUGCACUAGCCUUCCUACAUCAAAGACGGCGGCAGCAGUGGCUGCUCAAUCAGGAAUACUUGAUAGGACAAUUUCUCUGAUUAUGAAGAACCAACUACCAGUUAAGAAGUAUGAUGGCUAUACCUCGUGCCCACUGGUGACUGGUUACAAUCGUGUAAUUCUUGCUGAAUUUGAUUAUAAUGCUCAGCCACUGGAAACGUUUCCCUUCAACCAGGGCAAAGAACGGCUUUCCAUGUACAUCAUGAAGGCCGACUUCAUGCCUCUCCUCUAUUGGAAUAUGAUGCUCAGGGGCUACUGGGGAGGACCAGCCUUUCUGAGGAAGUUGUUCCAUCUGGGGAUGAGUUAA